CCCCGAUUCAAAGCCUUGCCUCACAUAGAAGAUGAUGAGAGACAGAAGAUAUUCAGCGACAUCAUAACAGAAAUGAUGACAACCACAGAAGAAGAGACUGAGGAUGCCACAGAGAUAGGAGCUGGAUCCUCAUCAUCUCCAGAGGCAUCAUCCACCAGAUCACCUCCAGCUAAGAAGUCUGUAAUGACUGAACUUUUUGGUGAACUUUUCCAGAGACAGGGGGGAAGUAGUAAACCAACCCUUUUGGAGCAGGUCCAAGAAGAGGUCAGUAAGUACAGAGCUUCAGGGUGCCUUUCCCUUGAAGCUGAUCCUCUUCUUUGUUGGAAAGGCAAUGAGGCUACAUACCCACACAUAGCAAAACUCGCAAAGCGUUACCUCUGUAUUCCAGCUACCUCUGUUGCUAGUGAACGGGUCUUCUCCACUGCUGGAGAUAUUGUCACUGCAACCAGAUCUGUGCUUUCUGCAGAAAAUGUGGAUAAAUUAAUCUUUCUAGCCAAAAACUUUAAGCUUGAAUAG